ACUUCAUACAUUGAGAGCUACGAACUCCAACUGUAGUUAACUUUGAACAUUUCUCUGCAUGAUAUUUUAAUUUGUAACUUCUUCAUUUCACAUUGCAAUCUCUCAAUUAUACGUUUACAUUCCUUGUAAAAAUCAGUCAAGGAUUGGCGUAGGUGUGGCUCGAACCUGGGCCAAUUGCACGACUUCCAUUGUCGGUCAAUCUGGCAGACCCAAAGCCGUCGCCGAAUUCUUCUCCAGAUGGCAGUGAUAUUUAUGCUCCCUUGCUCGAAUCAUUCAAUGAAGCCAAAAUUAUGGACUCCAACGGUAGGGUUGCCUCGGCCUCGGAAGGCGAGAUUCGCGAGCCUGCAGAUGAUGGCCUGGAUUCCGGUGAGAGGCGUCUCAACGAGCUCGGCUACAAGCAGGAGCUCCGAAGAGAAAUGACAUUGUUCAAGACCUUUGCAAUUUCAUUUUCAACAAUGACACUCUUCACAGGGAUAACGCCACUCUAUGGGUCGAGCUUGUUGUAUGCUGGGCCUGCAACUCUUGUUUGGGGAUGGGUCAUUGUUUCUUUUUUCACAGCUUUCGUUGCAGUUGCCAUGGCAGAGAUUUGUUCUUCAUUUCCUACAACUGGUUCCUUGUACUUCUGGGCUGCUCAUUUGGCUGGCCCUGUCUGGGGUCCAUUUGCAUCUUGGUGUUGUGCCUGGCUGGAAACCAUUGGUCUAAUUGCAGGCAUUGGAACUCAGGCUUAUGCUGGAUCACAAACCCUACAAAGCAUUAUCUUAUUGAGCACUGGAACAAAUAAAGAUGGAGGUUAUCUGGCUCCACGUGGAGUCUUUCUUGCAAUGUACAUGGGGCUCACUGUUAUAUGGGCCAUUUUAAACACAUUUGCUUUGGAUGUGAUUGCUUUCAUUGAUACCAUCUCAAUUUGGUGGCAGGUCAUAGGAGGAGCAGUUAUUGUUGUGUUGCUUCCACUAGUUGCAAAAACUACUCAAUCUGCAUCAUAUGUAUUCACACACUUUGAGACUUCUGAAUCAACAGGAAUUCGAAGCAAGCCAUAUGCUGUAAUUCUUUCUUUCCUUGUUAGUCAGUAUUCACUCUAUGGCUAUGAUGCUGCGGCACAUUUAACUGAAGAAACAAAGGGUGCAGAUAUCAAUGGUCCGAUUGCAAUACUCUCGAGUCUAGGAAUUAUAUCAGUUUUUGGAUGGGCCUAUAUCUUAGCUCUUACAUUUAGCAUUCAGGACCCUAGUUACUUGUACAAUACAAGCAAUGAAACAGCUGGCACCUUUGUGCCAGCACAGAUUCUAUAUGAUGCAUUUCAUGGGCGAUAUCACAAUUCCAGUGGUGCAAUAGUUCUGCUAGUUGUUAUAUGGGGUUCUUUCUUCUUUGGAGGCCUUUCAAUUACAACAAGUGCUGCACGAGUUGUUUAUGCUUUAUCUCGAGACGGAGGCAUUCCAUUCUCAAGAGUUUGGCGUAAAGUACACCCAAAGUACAAGGUUCCUGCAAAUGCAGUAUGGUUAUGUGCAGUUUUAUGUAUGCUCUUGGGCCUUCCUAUAUUGAAAGUAAAUGUGGUAUUCACAGCUAUCACAUCAAUCUGUACCAUAGGAUGGGUUGGUGGAUACGCUGUUCCCAUAUUUGCCAGAAUGGUUAUUCCGGGAAAGAAUUUUAAGCCAGGACCUUUCUUCUUGGGGCGUGCAAGCCGUCCAGUUUGUCUCGUAGCAUUCUUGUGGAUAUGUUAUACCUGUUCAGUAUUCCUAUUGCCAACACAGUACCCAAUUAAAUGGGAUACAUUCAACUAUGCACCCAUGGCACUGGGUAUAGUAUUGGGACUGAUAAUGUUUUGGUGGUUGGUGGAUGCAAGAAAGUGGUUCAAGGGUCCAGUAAGGAAUAUUGGAACUUCACAUGACAAAGUCUAGUAGUCCGUGUAACAUUAUUUAUUUUUCAUUGCUAGCCAUUAUGGUUUUCAUUUCGUAUGCAUUUUAAGAGACUCCUAUCAUGGGCCUAAAUCAAUUCGUUAAAGCUCUUUAUGGAGUUCGGAUUGCCAUUUCUAACAAGCUGAACCGUUUUCCUGUGAAAGGAGUUCAGCCUAUACUGUGCAUUAAAGAUUGUUCUUGUGGAACACAAUCUUCAACUAGUGGGACAUGCCACUUUGUUUGUAAACUGCCUGUAAAUUAGAAUUUUCUAUUUUAUUGGAAGAUUUGAAGAUAGAGAAGGUCCUAAGGGCAUGACUGAAACUACUAGCGCUGUUCGUACUUGAGAAGAGGAUGCUACCACAUCAACUUGGGAUCUCCAAAACUUUCCAGUUUUAUCAUCUCAUAUAACUGUAUUAUUCUUGCUCACAUUAAUUGUUGACAACAAAAACUAUUUAGUCCGAAACUCCUUAAUUUCA